GCCACGGCAUUGCUAGCCAGCGUAUUAACGCUCACGGUGAUCAGCGUGGGUCGGGUGGUAGCAGUCAUGUUCCCUCUGCAUGCCCGAACCUCGCCUGACCGCGCCCAUCGGGUCAUAGCAGCCGUGUGGAUAACGUCCGCCGUGCUUGCCUGCCCUUCCCUCUUCUAUCGGGAACUCUACAGCAUCGAGUGGGCCAACUUCACUUCAUGGCAGUGCGACGAAUUCUGGCCGACAGAGAAGCACUUCGAUCCAAAACUGGAACAGUGUGUGAUCACUUACGAUGCACGUAAGGUCUUCUACGUGGCCCUUACCAUCGCUCUCUAUUUCCUACCAGUGGCAGUGAUGUUCAUCAACUAUAGCUUGGUUGUGUGGAGGCUGUGGAUGUCCCGACUCCCAGGGGAGCACUCAGCUCCCGCCCGUCACACAGCCACCAGAGCGAAGAAGAAAGUGGUCAAAAUGGUGUCUGUGGUUUUGAUCAUCUUCGUGCUCUGCUGGACACCUCUUCAGACCAUCAUUCUAUACGAUUUCGUCCGUGCUAAUAACAAUUCGUUGCCGGAGUGGUUUUCGGUCGUGGAGUUCUCGGCCUAUUUCGUGGCCUAUUCCAACUCGGCUUUGAACCCAAUUAUAUAUUGCGGUUUCAACGCCAAUUUCAGGCAGGGUCUCGUUUCUCUCCUGACUUGCAGACGUUCAUCCACGGGCAGAAUAUACCAUCAACGUUGGACAACUAAAUGGACCGUUGGCCAUGACAGGAUGGAUCUCCCAGGGAGUAACUGCAAGGGCAUAACCAUAGGCACCAGGGAAACGACCGUAGGGCUCUCCGGCCCAGAACCUGCUGUCCUGCUAGAAUUCAACUCCCUUCGGAACAGCAGGUGA